AUGUCUGCAAUCUCCAUCCCCAAAACCAGCAGCAUUGCCUUGGCCGGUCUUCUAUACAAAGCCUCUCCGGUCACCGCAACAAAACCGCCUGCACUGAUAGUUGUGCACCCCGCCGGAAGCGUCAAGGAGCAAGCAGCAGGCCUUUAUGCGCAGCAUCUCUCCCAGCAGGGCUUCACAACCAUCUGCUACGACGCAAGCUACCAAGGCGAAAGCGGCGGAAAGCCGCGCUAUCUCGAAGACCCCUCGGCGCGCGUGAGCGACAUCUCCAGCGUCGUGGACUACAUCCAACAGAACCUCGGAAGCGACGUUGAUACCGACAAAAUCGGCGUCGUCGGUGUAUGUGCCGGCGGUGGUUAUGCGGUAGCGGCUGCAAAGGCCGAUUACCGUAUAAGAGCAGUCGCUGCAGUGAGCUUGAUGAAUAUUGGUGAUGCUGGGCGCCUGGGCUGGGCAGGCGAUGAAGAUCCUACGAAGCAUGUGGAAACCAUAAAAAUGAUUUCGCAGCUGCUGAAAGUUGAAGCUGAAAAUGGCGGUGUAGAGGCAGCCGCAGCCACUGCUCCUUAUAUACAGCCAGUCGACGAUAAAACGCCUUAUGAUCUCAAAGAGGCGCACGAGUACUACUUGACACCGCGCGCACAGCAUCCCCGGGCCGAAAACAAGAUGCUGCUCCGAAGUCUCCCACUUGCGCUCAACUUUGACGCUUUCCAUCUGGCUGAUUUGUAUUUGAAGCAGCCCGUAUUGACGAUUGUUGGUGAGAAUGCUACUUCGAGAUGGCAUUCGGACAAGCUGGAUAAGCUCAUUGGCGGUGCAGCUACGAAGAUUGUUGUUCCCAAGGGAACGCACAUCGACUUGUAUGACAAAGAGGAAUUUGUAGGACCGGCCGCGAAGGAUAUUGCCGAUUUCAUGAGGACCAAUUUACAAUAA